AUGGCUAAAGUAGCUCUGUUUGAUAUCAACUCGAGCAUUUUCGACAUUGAGGCGCAAAUAAGAUCUUUCGGGGGCACGGCUCUCGCAAUCAAAGUCGAUGUCAGCUCUUCUGCAGAAGUUGACGUAGCCACUAAGGCCGUUGUGGAAGCCUUCGGGCCCAUCGAUGGUGGUGCCAACUUGGCAGGUAUUUCUGGAUCGGGAACAAUUAAUCUGGAGCAGGAAACGGACGAUGCUUGGGAUCGUGUGAUUGGAAUCAACUUGGGAGGAGUCAAGAACGCUAUGCGUGCUCAACUUCAGUAUAGGAAUUCCAAGGGCGCCUCGAUUGUGAACGCUUCAAGCAUCGGGGCCCGGAUUGGCUCACCUGGCAAUGCAGCGUAUUCUGCCAGUAAAGCAGCAGUCAGUGCUCUUUCCAAGUCUGUUGCCCGGGAGAUGGGUUCACAGGGAGUCCGAGUCAAUGCCAUUGCACCUGGUAUCACGGAUACUGCUAUGGUUAGCGCUGUGCCAGAAUCCAUUCGUGAGGGAUGGAGAAAAGCAAAUGUCCUUGGACGAUUGGCGGAGCCAGUUGAGAUGGCUAAUGUCAUACAUUUUCUUCUUAGCGAUAAAAGCUCCUUUAUUACCUCAUCAGUACGCCUUGGACGCUCAAAGACUGAUUGUCUGAAAACAAGAGCUGACAGUCUCCAGAUUAUUGAUGUUGAUGCAGGCCGCAUCUAG